AUGCUGCUAUACUAUCCACAAAUAAUCAUUUUGUCAUCGAAUAUGAUAAAGACAUAUAAUCAUGAAAUUCUACCGACAUUUUGUAUAAACCUAUUGAUCACAGCCAGUAUAUUUUUUCUGAUUUUUAUACCAGGAAUUUUCUCAGAGUUGAUACUUUAUGAAUACAAAAAUAUUAUUAAGAUUUUAAUGAAGCAACGUAUAAGAUGUGAAGACGAAUCACUUCGUAUGGAGAUGCAACAUGCGUUGGACUACAUUAUAAUGCGACCUUAUAAAUUCAAUUUAUUUGGCGCGAUUCCCCUUAAACUCUCAUUACCUCUUACUUUAGCAAGUUUAUUGGCAAAUGACCUUGUGGUGGUCAUACAGUUUACCAAAGUUUUAAAAUAA